AUGCCGCAGACACCCCAGCUCGCCGAGAUGCUACAAAGGGAGCGUCGUAGAGCCGUAGCGCCGCAGCGCCGCAGCGCCGCUUUCUCACAUGCUACCGCUUGCGCAACCGUGCAGCUGUGCCGUGCCCCGGGCUGGUUUGGUUCCCCUUGGAACGAGCGGGGAGAUCUCGGUCAAGACGGGGAGAUUGAGGGUGGCUUACAGGCUGUAGCCUGUUGA